CGAACAGUGACGUCUAAGAGGGGGUCUUUUGGACAUUCUGUCACAUGAACGCACUGGCACAAACACGGGCUCAUAUUUAAAGUGAUCAUGAAGGAGGGAGCUGUUUGUUCAGUGCUUGCUACAGCUGCUAAGUGAUUCCUCGGAUUAUGAUGAACUGCAACUCCCCUGCAUUUCAACUCUGACCGCAAACAUUUGCAGAGAAACCGUGUGUGCGCGAGUGAGCAACAGAGAAAAAGAGAGAGUGAGAGGGGGGAAAGAUAGAAGGAGGCAAAAGGGGGUGGGCUAGAGGACUUCUUGUUCCAGGCAGGCAGCAGGGGCUCUUCAAGUUGAGAGACAGUCUUGGGUAGUCAAAGCAAAGCCACCUACGAGUCAGCUCCUAGCAACGCUCUCCGAAGAAUCUACUUUUGUCAUCUGUACUUUUCUGGAAGAAAUGUGUCAUUUCUGAGAAGAAGAAAAGGAAAGUCGAUCUACUGCACACCUAAAUAAACCAACUGCAAACCCAGAAGUCUGAAAAGUGCAUUAAACAGAGCACUGGAGGGUGGAAAAGCAGAAGAUAAAAGUACAAGCAAGGACUGAGAUCCAAGAGUCAAGCUGCAGUCAGCCGGAGCCAGUGGAAUGGACCUAGGUGCCAGUUGGAUCAAUCCCGACGUACCCACACUGCUGUCUGAGGAGGAGGGCUGAGGAUCUGCUGCAACGACAACCGACUCCUGAAUGAGGAUGAAUGGAGAUGUCCUUUAGCUAAGCCCUAAAACAAAACUCUUGCCAAAUCACCCAGAGGUGAUCUGGGUGAGCUGGGACGACACUAGCUAAUAGCUGAAAGAAGAAGGUGGUGGUGGAGGAGGUGGAGAGUAGCCAGGGGGCCCAGAGCACUGCUAGUGCUCCUGGCCCAGAGGAGAGGCGAGGGAGCUGGCAGCCCACUGAGCUCGAACAGGACUCGGAGCAGGGGCACGACGGAGGGGGAGAGGUGGCAGGUGCCGGGCAUCACAUGGCCUUGCAGAGGCUGGUGGUAGCAGCGGUGGCCGUAGCCCUGCUGUCCCUGGUCCUAAAUAAUGUGGCAGCCGUCACACCCAGCUGGGUUCUGCAGGCUCUGGAGGACGGCCGAAAGCGCAGUGUGGGACUAUGGAAGAUGUGCCCCAACGGCGGGGAGAGGGGCCGUGACGACCUCCAGGCUGACAGAAGGGGGCAAGGCACACAGAAGCAAUGUGAAAGCAUUGGUUGGGGCUCUGAGUAUGCAGGCUACCAAGAAUCCCGUAGCACUGUCAAAUUGCAGUUUAACAUGAUGCGAGCAUGUAACCUGAUAGCGACAGUGGCCCUGACUGCAGGUCAGCUGAUCUUCCUUCUAGGCCUGAUGAAGUUGCCCUUCAUCUCACACGAAUCCCAGUGGUGGGAAGAAGCCAUCGCUGCACUUUUCCAACUAACCAGUUUUGUUCUGGUUAUUGGACUUGUGACCUUCUAUAAGAUCGGGCCCAACACCCACCUUUCCUACUCCUGCUAUAUGGACAUAGCAGCUUGCCUGCUGGCCACUAUGGCUGCGGCUAUGCUCAUCUGGAACAUUUUACACCGCCGUGAUGACUGCCUUGCACCUCGAGUUAUAAUCAUCAGUCCCUCACUAGCGUCACCUUUUCACCCACGUCUGGACAAUGACUAUGUGGAGUCGCCUUGUUGAACUCAGGAGAUCUCACAUGACACGCCAGUGACAGGACCCUUCAUGUUUAACUCCAGCUACGUGACAGUAAUGGGACUCUCAAAAGAAGACGACGCUCCUGUGCUCCCACAACAGCUGGACUAACAUACGCUUGCAAUCGUAUUCUAUUUCUCCCAUUCCAACAAUAGAGAUAUGAUAAAUAUUUUGCUAUUUAGUGCACAGUUUUCACAUUUUUAACUAAAGUUAAUGUAUAAAGCAGCCCUAACGUUCCAGGGAAAUUCAAAUCCUGCAUGAUUCAAUCAUGUAUUCAAGCCAGAGUAAUCUGUUAAGUAAAGAAUUUGGAUUAGGACUGUCUUUCAUAAAACAUAAUUCAUAUGAAAAGAUCAAGCUGGAACUUGACAUAUUUUAUUAAUGGUGCAUUUAUGAAAUGGUCUCCUGCACAAUCAUAAAUUUGAGAAAAUGAAAGAUGUUGAAAUUAUAAUACUAGAAUACCUCAUAUUUGUGUUCACUAGUUUAAAGUUUAUUAAAAAAUGUUAUGCACAUAAUAAUUAUAUAUGUUACAUGUAGGGAACAUGCCAGGAUAAAAGCUGAAGAGUCUUCAGUUAGCUUUUGGGCCGUGCUUUGCCAAAUCAGUGACAAUAUUUAAUUUUUUUUUAUAGCCAGUGAGAGAUGGCAUUUUGAACAAAUGAAAGAAGAACACGAGGAUAUAUUAUAAUGUUCCAAGAAUACUUUGAAGCAAGAAAAUUUAAAAAAGAUAAAAGACAAAUAACCCACUAAACAAUGUGUAUGGAUAAUUGUGGAAUAGUUUUUUUUCAAUUGUUAGUAGCUAUUUUGCCGAUGUACUGCAACUUGUUCAGUUAAGUUCAUUUUUCAUGAUGCUUCCUUUAUGAUUCUCUCCUUGCUUUGGUACAUACUCGAUACCUAAAUUAAUAUAAUAUAUAUAAAAAACAAUACCAUAGCGCUAUCAUAAGUAGUAGUAAUGACCAUAUCAUAUUUCUGCAAAAAAACCCAGGUUAUUUGUGGGACUUCCACAUUAAAAUAAUAAUAUACCAUGUAUAUCAUGUAAAUUCAAUAAAUUUAUUGGUAAGUAUAAUCAAGCAGUGGUUGUUGUCUUUGCUGCUUGGUGCCCAACAUCAUGACAAAGGCUCAUUCAUUAAAAGUUUAUUUUAAUGAA